GGGGGUGGCCCUGGGGGCGAAGCGGGCGCCCAUCCCGGACGACCUGCGCGACGUGAUAGACGAGGAGGAGGACGACGAGUGGCGCCAAUAUCGCGUUCCCUCGUCGCGGGGCCCGGGCCGUGGCGACGGCCCGCCGCCUGACCUUUCACGGAUGGAUCCGGCCGCCCUCCAGGCCGAGCUCCUCCGCGGGCAAACCGGCCCGUCGUUCGGCUUCGUGAAGCUCCGCCCCGGCACCACCCGCUCACGGGAGCAUGUGGUGGGGAUCGCGAGGAGGUGGAGCAAUGUGCUGCGGACGGGAUCGGUGGACGCCAGAUUCACGGCGGUUAAUUUCGUAACGCUCAUGUUCACCAUGGAGAGAGGGCGAGACAUUCUAGAGCUGAAGGAGUUUGUCCUGAGUCAGGCUGAGGCCUACGAGUUGAGGAUCGGCGAUCAAGUUUUCCGCAGGCCUGGAGACCCACCCUUGGACCAAGUUCUCCGUAAGCCACGGAAGAAGAAGCGCCGCAAGUCUAGAGACGAGCUGUAGAUUCAUUUGCUAAUCUUGUUCUACAUCUCAUGUUCGUUCGUUCGUUCUUUCUCUUUCGUCUACUUCAGUUUUGCUCUCAUAGCAGUUUUUACCUUGCGCUGUGUGUCAGAAUCACAGGGAGUAGUGGUCCUCCUUGCCUAAUGGUCUGUAUUCUUUUUUUUCUUCUUCUUUUGAAAGCAGAGAACUUCCAUUUUAUUAUAAAUUUAUGCAGGGGGGGAAGAGUUAAUAAGGCCUAGGCCAAAAUGUUAAAGAAAAACAAGUGUACGCGCAUCAGGCGCGCGGAAAGACAGUAAUUGCCAAACGUGUUGCCUCCUGCUACGC